AUGGCGAGCAACAACAUGAUGGGAAAAUUGACGACGUGGCGUGCAGGGUCUCUGGGAUUCAGGACAGGUGUCAUCACGCUUAUUUGUAUUUUGUUAAAUAUUAUUGCCUUGUAUUUUAUCCGUAGGUUAUUCCUUGAUCGCUGGGGCGGCAGUCAUCCUAGGCGUCCACAUAGGGACAGAACCAGCAGAGCUGGCGGUUCCAAGCGAAAAAACCGGAGGCAUGAUGGCGAGGGGGCGAUAAAAAAGUCACUCCCAUGUCUUCUUCUGCUCCUUGGCAUUCCUGGUAGCGGGAAGACGACGUGGGUUAACCAGUACGUGGAAACUUGUGACAGGUCUUUUGUUAUUGUGAACGAAGACUCUGUUCAGGGAGCAGUCACCGCUGAAAAAAACGAUUCCUCGUGGGAAGCAGAAGUGCGAGGGGCCAUAAUUAGUGGCAUUGUGCAGCAGUUGAAGGAAAAGCAAAACGUGGUUCUGGACGAUAGUUUACGUGUCAUGGACGAGAAAUUUCGGCAUGACAUCAUAACUGCCGCACCUGCUUGCAAUCUGUUGGUCAAGCAGUUUCCCAUCAAGGCAUUCUAUGCGUAUACGCGCUUGUUGAAGGAUGCUGAGGAAGGCAAUGGUGGCAGUUACCUCACAGAAAUUGAACUAGAGGAAUUGGAGAUGAGCUUUGACAAAGCCUGGGCAAGUAUGAAGCUAGAGGGCUGGAACCCGCUUCUAGAUACGUCUUAUUCGCGAUCAAAACACAAUUGA